AUGUUUGGAUAAAAUUAGAAAAAAUGCGCUCAUGGCCAAGGAAUUAUUGUUUUUGCUAAUCCUUGCUUAAAUGGACUGAAUAAGUUAAUUUAUAAUAGAAAGAUUAAAUAAGAUCUUUAGUAGAUAUUUUGCACUAAAAUGUCAGGCCUUUAAUCUCUUUUAUGCUAAGAAAAAGACAAUUGCAUUGAUAGACUAUUAAUUGAUAACUCCAAUAAUAAUUUAAAUAAUUUAGAUUCUUAUAGCAAUGGCUCUAUAAAAACUUAAAAAUCAUCCGUUUCAACUAAAUCAUAGAAUUCUUAAGCUUCCUCAAAUAGCUUAUUAGCUGUUGAAGAUUUGCAGUAAAAGUAUUUAAAAGAUCUAAAAUCUUAGUUAAAGAGUUGUAUUCUAACAAAAAAGCCGCCUAUAAAAUUUAAGGAUAUAGCAGGAAAUGAUUAUGCUAAAAAAUGUAUUGAAGAAAAUUUUAUACUACCCAGUGUUCUUCCUAAUCUCUUUUAAGGGAAGCCAAAACCAUUUAAUAAAAUUUUGCUAUAUGGACCACCUGGGGUGGGAAAAACAAUGAUAUGUCAUGCAGUGUGCAAUGAAUUGUAAGCAACUCCUUUUUGGGUUUCAUUAGCAGAUAUAACAUCUAAAUUUAUAGGAGAAUCAGAAAAAUUGCUGAAAAUGCUUUUUGAUUUAGCUAGAGAAAAUUCUCCCUCAAUUAUUAUUUUUGAUGAAAUGGAUUCAAUAGGAAGAAAAAGAAAUGGAAGUGAGAGUGAAACAGAAAGAAGAAUUAAAACUGAAUUCUUAAAAUAAUUAGAUGAAAUAAAUAGUUUAGAUGAAAAAGUUUAUAUUUUAGCAACUACAAAUAUGCCAUGGGAAUUGGAUGUAGCUGUACUAAGAAGGUUUGAAAGAAGAGUACUUCUGCCGUUACCAAAAAAGCAAGCUAGAUUGGAAAUUUUUUAAAACUUUACAGAAUCAAAGAAUCAUGGUUUAAAAUAGCAAGAUUUUGAUUAUUUAUCAGAUCUUACAGAUGGGUACAGUGGAUCAGAUAUCGUAACAAUAAUAAAUGAUGCUUUUAUGAGACCCAUAUAAGAAUUAUAGACAACUAAGUACUUUAAAAAAUUAAAAGGAAACUUACUUGAAAAUUUUAUAGAAUACUAAGAUUCAUAAGUUGAAAGAAUUUAUUAUACACCUUGUCUUCAAUCAGAUGAAGAUGCAGAGGAAAUAAAUUUAUACUAACUGGAUCCAAAGCAAAUAAUUCUAAGAAAAGCAGAGAUAAAAGAUUUUAAGGAGAGCAUUAAAAACUGUAAGCCAACAGUAAGUAAAAAAUUCCUAGAUUACUAUAAUAAAUUUCUUGAGAAAUGUGGUCAUGUUGAAUAAAAAGAUGAUAUGUAUAAGGAUUAAUUGAGAUACAUGACUUAAAUAUACUUUUGA